CACUUUCUGGAAGACUCAAUUACUGCUACUCAGAGCUGCUGCUGAAAUAUCAUGUCCAAGACCUCAGAGUUUAUCAAUCUCUCAUUUUUAUUAGAUCAUGAAAAGGAAAUGAUCCUGGGAGUUCUGAAGAGAGAUGAGUAUCUGAAAAAAGUGGAAGAAAAGAGAAUAAGAAAGCUGAAAAAUGAACUCUUAGAAGCAAAACGUAGAAGCGGGAAGAGCCAACAGCAGACCAGCAGAGUCUGUGUUCACUGUCAGAAAAACUUGGGCCUAAUCUUUGACCGAGGAGACCCGUGCCAGGCUUGCUCACUGAGGGUGUGCAGUGAAUGCCGGGUCAUGGGCUUUGAUGGCAGCUGGAAAUGUACUGUGUGUGCCAAAGUCGCGCAGCUAAGAAGCAUAACUGGUGAAUGGUUUUAUGAAGAAAAGGCAAAGCGUUUCAAGCAAGUCAAUGUUCUGGGCACUGAUGUUGUCCGACAGUCAAUCUUAAGAAGAAGUCCAGGUUCUGAAGAAAUGCAAAGACACGAGCAAACCUUCCAGGAUGGAGAAAAAUCAGACACUUCGCCUUCUAUUGGGCAGAAGGCCAACCAUGAUGGUCCCAAGAGAAAAGGAUUCCUUCUUAGUAAGUUCAGAUCAGCAACCAGAGGAGAAAUUAUAACUCCAAAAGCUGAAAGUGGACGGAGCUACAGUUUGGAUUUAGACAUUCAAAAUUUUCGGAGUUUAAAGUCAAGUGCUGGUUCAGAAAGGGGAAGCACCUCAUCAGAUCUCAUUGACCAGGAGGCUGGAUCUGGCACCACAAAGAGCAGCCGAAGUAAUGUUGUGACCACUGUCACUCAGAGGUCACCAGCUCCAAGUACACGCAGCAUGACCUCAGUCAGUAGCAGAGAGCACGGUUUAGAAAAUUCCAUGGUUUUAUCUGCCACUGAAUGUACCUCCGAGGAACACUCAAAGAGUCACCGCAGAAACACGUCCAGCACACCUUCCAUAGCAGUGUCUGGGACCUCCCUCUCCUCAGACCGGAGUCGAUCUGAGUUAGAUUUGAGUGAGUCAUUUACAGAAGACUUAGAGGAUGCUGGGAGUGUAAGAAGCAAGUCCGUUUCCGGGGCUUUAGACAAAGACUUGAACUCCUUGGAAGAUACUGAAGGUGUUGAUGAUUUAGUGUCCUCUCAGUUUUCUGCAAACACCUACAGUCUGGCAAGUGGCCUGUCAACUAAUUCUCAAGCAGGCUCUGACAGGAAGUGGACCUACCUAAAUGUGCCUGAUGCUGAUUCAGACACUACCAGCCUUAACAGCAUGAUGAGUGUUUACAGUGAAACAGGAGACUAUGGCAAUGUGAAGGUCAGUGGUGAAAUCCUUCUCCACAUCAGCUACUGCUACAAAACUGGUGGGCUCAACAUUUUUGUCAAGAAUUGCAGGAACCUGGCCAUAGGAGAUGAGAAGAAACAGAGGACAGAUGCUUAUGUCAAGUCAUACCUUCUUCCUGACAAGUCUCGAAACAAUAAACGCAAGACCAAAAUUAGAACAGGCACCAAUCCGGAAUUCAAUGAAAUACUAAAGUAUACCAUCAGCCACACCCAACUGGAAACUAGAACCCUGCAGCUCUCAGUCUGGCACUAUGAUCGGUUUGGACGUAACAGCUUCCUCGGAGAAGUGGAGAUUCCUUUUGACUCAUGGAACUUCGAAAAUCCAUGUGAUGAAUGGUUUGUUCUUCAGCCCAAGGUGGAGUUUGCUCCUGAUACUGGCCUUCAGUACAAAGGAGAGCUGACUGUUGUUUUACGAUACAUUCCCCCGGAGGAAAAUGUCAUUCUUCCACUAGGACAACUUCAAGGGAAAAAAUCCUCCAAAAAGGGAAAGAAAAAGGAGUCCCCUGUAAUCUCCGGAGGAAUACUGGAAGUCUUUAUCAAAGAAGCAAAGAAUUUGACAGCAGUGAAGUCAGGAGGCACUUCUGACAGCUUUGUGAAGGGCUACCUGCUCCCUGAUGAUAACAAAGCCACCAAGCACAAAACUGUGGUCAUAAAAAAGAGUGUUAAUCCUCAGUGGAACCAUACCUUUUUGUUUAGUGGGCUGUAUCCCCAAGAUAUAAACAAUGUUUGUCUUGAGCUUACCAUCUGGGACAAGGAGGCCUUUUCCAGCAACAUCUUUCUAGGAGGAGUUCGUUUGAAUUGUGGAAGUGGUGUGAGUCUUGGAAAAAACGUAGAUUGGAUGGACUCUCAGGGGGAAGAGCAACGGCUUUGGCAGAAGAUGACUGAAAACCCUGGAACUCCCAUAGAGGGAGUACUUAUGCUCCGGUCCAGCAUGGGGAAGUGUAGGCUCUGAAGAGACCAGUUCGUUAGGCAUGAGACCUCUAGGAAUUGUCUGCCUGCCAUUAUGAGACUUUGGAUUCUGUUUCCCUGUCAUUUGUCGCCUGGGGGGAUUGGGAUUUCAGGGGCAACAUAAUAAUGGUAUGAACAUUUAGGGUCAUCUUGCUGAAUUCCUAAAAACACUAUGUACUUUUACUUUUUUAGUGUGAUGGUAAGAUGACUUCAAGUUUGAGUCCAGCUUGAGAAAAUUAGUGACUUAGCAAGGCUCUAUCUCAAAAAAUAAAAAAAAAAAAAGACUGGAUAAGUUUUUCUGUGCACAGGUCCUGACUUCAAUCCUCAGUACCCUCCACCAAACAAAAGAGUACUUAUCUGUUUCUGUGAUCUAAGGCCUCCUUGACUGGACAGUUCUGUCAAAAGCAAAAUUGUGCAAUGAAUCACAGGGUUUAUAUCAUCACAGAAAUAGCACAAGCUUGUUUGAAACUAUGGUCAACAUUGAGGGUUAUCCAAACAUUUUCUAACUGAGUUUCUUUAUAUGUUCUCAAACAGUUUGACAAAAAAGAUUACCAAGAAGUAGAAAUCCCUGUAAUUCAAAGAAGGCAUGAUAAGGAUGGUUGUUAGGGUGACAGGCUGGGCCUGUUAUGGUAGUGAACUUGGGAAUUGACCAAGUAAUGUUCCAAAUAGAUCAACAUGGCUUCUUAUUAGUAACUGUAUAAUUUAUUAUGUAAAUGAGGCUACUUUGGGAGUGAAAGAUGCUAAAUAAUUACAUCUGGACAAUGAUGUAAACUAGUAAAAUGAUCUGGGGAAUUGGGAUGUAGGAUCAUUCUUCUGAGAGAACUCUGUUGAAAACACUUAUUUUAUAAAAUAGUUUAAGCCAUUAACUAUAAAAUAAUAAGAAAUAAUGGUCAACAUAUUGCUCAUUGAAGAGAACAGCUAAAAUUAAAAGGAGGUACUCUACAUGCUGUUUCAUUCUUCGUCUCUGUUGGCUCUCCUACCCUUUCAUCUUCUCUUUCCCUGAGUUCUUGUUGCCUUCUUUUUGUAACCAUUAGCUAUUGCCAUAAUAAUGCUGAAUAAAAACCACUCCAAUGUUGUGACUUAAAA